AUGGCUUCGAUGGAAAUAUUGUUCAGCAUAUUGCUGUAUUUGGGAUUGACUUUUGCGUGGAUGGAUGAAAGGCCAGUUCUCGAGGCACAAGAUGGUAAUUUGAUAAUAUCCAGCGCAAAGGAUAGAAAUAUUACUCUUAAAGUAUUAGGUAGCGGUUAUAUCAACGUUAAUGAAAUUAAUUUACUUCACGUCGCUUUGGCUGCACAAAAUGCGACACGUUUGUUUGAAAGAUUGAGAGCUGGUUAUCUCGUUCAAGUGGAGGAUAAUCUUGUAAGGCUAAUCAAUCUCGUUGAAGGUCCUACAGGUUUGCAAAGAAGGAUUGCUAUGUUGGAAGGUACUGGAGGGAACAGUUCGCGUUUACCGAGCAAGCAAUGGGAUGACAAUUUUACGAGAAAUGGUAUACGUCGUACUAAUGAAAGAUUACGAAGAUUAGAAGAGACCGUGCAAAAUAUCGAGAAAAAGCUAAAAGAAAAUGCUUGUCAAAGUAAUCCUUGCGGAAAUGGUGGUAUUUGUCAAGAUCUUUACGAAGGAUACCAAUGCCGAUGCCUUCCUAGUUGGGAGGGACCUAAUUGCAUGACGGAUGUAAAUGAGUGUGCUAGAUUUCUUGGCACAGAUUUAGGAUGUCAAAACGGAGCAACUUGUAUUAAUUUACCUGGAUCUUAUCGAUGUGAUUGUCAAACUGGAUGGUAUGGAUUACAUUGUACAAAAAGAGUCGCCAUUUGUAGCAGGCAAAAUUCUGAAGAACUUUGUGGACACGGUGUAUGUGUCCCGAAACCUGGGAACCUCCUUGGUUACACCUGUCUUUGCGAUCAAGGAUGGGAAACCGAUGGUACGAAUCCAGCUUGCACAAAGGACGUAGACGAAUGUGCGGCGAAACAUCCACCAUGUUCCGUAAACCCACUUGUCAUGUGUUUCAACGCACCUGGUACAUUUUUCUGCGGCGCCUGUCCACGAGGUUAUACCGGAAAUGGUUAUUAUUGUACUGACAUCGACGAAUGUUUGGAAGAUAAUGGGGGAUGCAGUAACGCACCACGAGUACAAUGUAUUAAUACUAUGGGAUCAAGGGUUUGCGGUCCGUGUCCUCCAGGAUACCACGGCGAUGGAGUUUCCUGUAUCUAUGUUGGUUCUUGUAGGAUUAAUAACGGUGGUUGUCACCCUUUAGCAGCCUGCAUCGAAAAUCCUGCGCUUACCAGCUCUUACGUGCAAUGUCGGUGUCCAACAGGAUACCAAGGUGACGGACUUGGUCCGAAUGGGUGUCGGCCUGCAACUGAAAUAUCGAAUAAUUCAUGUGCUAAUCGUCCUUGCGUUCAUGGCACGUGUAUCUCAACUUACGAAGGAUUUAUCUGUAGAUGUGAUACUGGAUACACAGGAACAACGUGCAAUACUCAAAUCGAUCUCUGCGCACCUAAUCCUUGCAAGAACAAUGGAGUCUGCAUUGUCUCCAAUGGUGCAGUGACCUGCGAUUGUCCUAACUCUUACACAGGCACCAGAUGUGAAACGCAACGACAAACUUGCGGUGGUGUAUCUCGAAAUCCUGUCGGCCAUUUAGAGUUUCCUAUUGGUGGAACCACUUACCAACAUGGACUUAGUUGUGCUUGGGUUUUAGUGACCAAUUCUACUCAAGUAUUGAAUGUCACUUUUACGAGUUUUAACUUGGAAAAUUCGGUCGAUUGUAAAUUUGACUUUCUUCAGAUACACGAUGGUAGAAAUGCUGGUAGCCAUAUGAUAGGCAGAUUUUGUGGUAACACUCUACCCAAUAAAAAUGGAAACAUCAUUUCAUCUCACAACUCAUUGUAUUUCUGGUUCCACUCGGACAGUAGCGUAGCACACGAUGGAUUCGUUUUACAUUGGAAUACGAUCCAACCGAUCUGUGGUAGAUAUUUUGAAGAGGAUUAUGGUACAAUAACGUCACCUGGUUAUCCGGGAAGAUAUCCUUCUAACAGAGAUUGUUAUUGGCAUAUAUCGGUAAAAGAAGGAAAAAGAAUACAAUUGCAUUUCGGACAAUUGAUGCUCGAAGAACACGCUACAUGCGAAUACGAUUUUGUCCUAAUCACAACGAACAACGAUGAAAUUCUUGGUCGUUAUUGUAAUCAUAGCAGACCAGGACCUUUAACUGCACCUGGUAAUGAAGUUACUCUUUAUUUCCAUUCCGACAGUUCUGGUCAAGAUGCUGGUUUCCAAAUUCAUUAUUCAACAGUAGAAGGUAUACCUGGUUGCGGUGGUGUUUUUACUUCGGAUACUGGCUCGAUACAUUCUCCUGGUUCUUUGUCGUCUUAUCGAGCAAACAUGAAUUGCGAAUGGAAAAUACAAUUACCACCGAGUGAAAAAAUGAAAAUCACUUGGCAAAAAUUCAAUCUUGAAGAUUCUACCAGCUGUCAUUUUGAUGCAGUCGAGAUUUACGAUGGAGAUAGUACGGAUUCGCCAUUGAUCGGUAGAUAUUGCGGGGAUAAUAUGCCACCGACUAUUAAAUCAAAUUCUAACAAUGUUAUAAUAGUUUUCACGAGUGAUUGGUCAUUCGAAAUGGAAGGAUUUGCCUUGACUUACGAAGUCUUAUGUGGCGGUGAAUUUACCGAAUUAACGGGUGUCAUUACAUCUCCCUUGUACCCAAAUACUUAUCAUGCCUCUAAAACUUGCAUCUACGAAAUUAUUUUACCACCAGGCAAAGCCAUCGUUCUAACUAUUCUCGAUCUGGACAUAGAAGGAAUGUCUACCGAUUGUUAUUUUGAUUCUCUUCAAAUUUUCGACGGUGAUAACGAAAAUUCCACUAAUCUCGCCACUCUAUGUGGCACCCUUAUACCCUCCGAACCAUUCUAUUCCACCCACAAUUUCAUGUAUCUCCAAUUCACAAGCGAUACUACCAUCCAUGGUCAUGGUUUCAAAGCUAAUUACACAUCCAUAGAUCGCAAAUGCGGUGGAUUCUACAGAAGUUCUACUGGAAUAAUUCAAUCGCCGAAUGAAGACGGUAUGUACGAAAAUAACGAAGAAUGUACUUGGAUUAUUCAGGCACCUCCAGGAUACUUGGUACAACUCACUUGGUUGUUAUUCGAACUCGAAUAUCAAACACGUUGUAGAAAUGAUUAUGUUAGCAUUUAUGAAAAUAUUUCUAAAUCUCAAGAUGGUCAUAUGGGAACUUAUUGUGGCAAUAAUAAACCACCCAUUCUCACUACACGAGACAGAACGAUGGUGAUAUAUUUUGAAACCGACUCGAGUAUUACACAAAACGGAUUUAUGGCUAACUAUGUCUUUGUCGAUGCUUCCAAAUUUUGCGGUGGUUAUUACUUACAACAAAGUGGUGUUAUCCGAUCUCCCAACUAUCCAGGAAACUAUCCGCGUUCAAGGGAAUGCGUAUGGGUACUCGAAGCACCCAAUAGACAUAAAGUUACCCUUAAAUUCAAUGAUUUCGAACUGGAAGGUCAUCAUAACUGCAUGUUCGAUUAUUUGGAAAUAAGAAACGGUGGUUACGAUAGUUCACCUUUGAUUGGACGAUACUGCGGUAUAGAGACACCAAAUCAAAUAGUCAGUCAAACGAAUAAGUUAUUUCUCAAAUUCGUAUCUGACGAUUCAAAUACGGAUACAGGUUUUAGCAUUGAUUGGGAUAACACAGCGGAAGGAUGCGGUGGAAUAUUAAAGUCUGCCAAAGGUGAUAUUGUAUCACCGAAUUAUCCCCAACCAUAUGGGCAUAAUGCUGAAUGUAUUUGGAGAAUCGUUGUUGCCGCAGGCAGUACAGUACAACUUAUUGUAGUUGAUUUCGAUUUGGAACAUCAUACAAAAUGCAGAUACGAUUUUGUUGAGAUAUCCGAAGGCACUACUCGUACACGAAAUGUCCAACGAUAUUGUUCUGUUUAUCCACAGAUCAUAAAUACAACAUCUAACAUAGUGACCAUUCGUUUCCGUAGCGAUUUUACUAUAUCAUCUCGUGGUUUUCACAUACAAUAUGACACUAAAUGUCACAACACGUUAAACGGUUUCCGAGGUGUCAUAGAAUCACCUAACUUCCCGAACGAAUACGAAAACUCGAAAAAUUGUAGUUGGAUAAUCAAUGCACCGAUCGGUAACAAAAUAAACUUAACUUUCUCUCAUUUCGAUGUGGAAGGACCAAUGAAAAACAAUAGCUGCAAUUACGAUUAUCUCGAGAUUAAAGAGGGCAUGAAUAAUUUGGCUAACAGCGAACUUGGCAAAUUUUGUGGCUCGGCUAAUCUUCCUCCGAAAAUUCAUUCGUCGCAAAAUCAAAUUUUUAUCAAUUUCUUUACCGACCUUUAUGCAACCCACAAUGGUUUUCGAUUGGAAUGGAUGGUCGAUGGUUGUGGUGGACACCUGACUAAACCUUCGGACACGUUUACCUCUCCCGGUUAUCCUUUGGGAUAUAAGAGUAAACUCAGAUGCGAAUGGCUUAUCGAAGUUGAUUACACGCAUAGUGUUGAACUAACGUUACUCGAUGUAAACAUCGAAAAUCAAGUGACUUGUACUUUCAAAUCAUUAAAAAUCUACGGUGGGGAAGAUGAAAAUGCACCGAAAUUGGUCGAAUUAUGUUAUUCCAAUAAACCGGUCGUUUACACUAGUUCCGGUAACAAAUUAUUCAUCACGUUCAACACGAAUUCAUUUUUCGUUCUUCGCGGAUUUAAAGCUAGCUACAAAAGUAUUCCUCUGCAAUGUGGUGGAAGAUUUACAGUUAAUUCUGGUGUCAUUCAUACAACCAAUUAUCCUCUCAAUUAUCCCCAUAAUCAAAACUGCGAAUGGUUAUUACAAGUUGACAAAAAUCACGUGGUAAACGUUACGUUUGAGGAUUUCGAUAUAGAGGACAGCAGAAAUUGUACCGACGAUUAUGUUAAGAUAUUCGAUGGACCAAGCAGAGACAGUUACUUGAUGGGUACUCACUGUCGAAAUCAGCUUCCUCCCUCAUACGUAUCGACAAGUAACGAAAUGUUAAUAGUUAUGAGAAGUGAUAGUAUAAUAUCUGCAAAAGGAUUCAAAGCCACGUAUAAAACAGCAUGUGGUGCUCGUAUAAUAAUUAAGGAUCAAGGAUUCAUCACAGGAUCCAGCGACAAUAUGGAAACUUCUGUAGUAAACUGCACUUGGAUACUAAUAGCAGAAAAUCCUGCCGAUCACGUGACGUUAACAUUCACCCACCUGCAUAUCAACCCGAUGCGCCUAAUAGGUAUAGCUGAUAACUAUUUGAUAGAUCCAGGGUGUAAACUGGAAUACGUGCAGGUAAUCGAAGGGGAAGACAUGGAUGGGCCUGUUCUUGGAAAAUGGUGUAAUAACAAAAUACCUCCUCCCAUAACGAGUACCGGAAGUGCUCUAACUGUUCACCUAUACACGUCAAUAAAAUUCCAUAGCGAUUUUUCCGCUACUUAUAGCGUAUUGAAUUCUGCUUGCGGUGGAAAUUAUACAUCUGAACACGGGACUAUCGCAUCACCGAAUUAUCCUAAUUCAUAUCCCCUGAAUUCCGAGUGCAUAUGGAUUUUAAAUACUUCACCAGGAAACAGAAUAAGUAUAACUUUCAACGUGUUUAAUAUCCAACAAAGCGAUAAUUGUGACCUGGAUUAUCUUGAAAUUCGCGAAGAGAAUGGAAUCGGUAAACUAUUAGGAGUUUUUUGUGGUGAAGAAAUCGAUCCGAUCACAUCCUCGAGUAUACUUUGGAUCAAAUUCAAAAGCGAUGCCGAAAGUGCAGCUCAAGGAUUUCUAGCAGAUUAUAGUUUCUUACCAGGAAAUGAACUUUAUGGUCCAACCGGUAGAAUUACCUCGCCGUUAUAUCCUCUAUUUUAUAAAAAUGCAGGUACUUUUUGGUGGCGAAUUACCGUCGAAGUCGGAUAUGUCAUUCAAUUCGAAUUCAAAGAAGUAUACAUGCAGAACGUAAUAUCCUCGUGUUCUAGUUCAUUGAAGAUCUACGAUGGUUACAAUGAUGAAGCAACUAUCUUAUUGGAACAUUGUUCUUACACGACUCCUGCAUCAUUGUACACUUCGAGUAACAUUGCUUAUAUCGUCAUGGAAGCUUUUUCCAUUUUAUCUGGUGAUAAAUUUGAUCUUAAUUGGCUACAAAUACCAAAAGAUGUAAUCGAAGAACAGGAAUUAAAAAAAAUUAAAUUAUCGAAGUGUACCGAAGAAGUGGCUUUGAUGAGUAACACAAAUAAUAGUUAUUCAUUCUGGUCUCCUGGUUGGCCAAAUGGUUACGAAGACAAUCUUGAAUGUACUUGGAUUUUCACUUCACCUCCGGGAACUCAUCUCGUUAUUAGAAUAAACAUGAUCAAUUUAGAAGAAAGUACUGAUUGCGUUUAUGAUUACGUAGCCAUUUAUUCAGGAUAUGCAUUGACUUCGGAGGAGAAUAGUGUCCUAGAACAAAAAUUAUGUCUUUCCAAUGCCACUUGGAACACGAUAAAAACGAAAAAUGUUAUGACGGUUAAAUUUGUUUCGGAUUCUUAUUUAAACAAAACGGGCUUCUCUGCUCGAGUUUACAGAGAAUGCGGUGGAGAUUUAUCGGGACCAAAUGGUAUUAUCGAAAUCAACAAUAAAACUAACGUACGUGGAAUAAGAAGUUGGCGUUUCUCUUGCGAAUGGUUCGUCACAGUGAGGCCUGGAAAAACUAUAGAAGUUAAAAUUGAUUAUUUGUCUAAAAUAGAAACUACUAAUAAUGCGUGCGAUGUAAAUUAUCUUAUGUUGAAAAAUGGUGGAGAUAUUUCAUCUCCCUUACUAGGAGAUGGAAAAUAUUGUACAGAAAUAUCAUCUACGUCUACUCAAUUAGAAACUAUUGGAAAUAAACUUUACAUUCGUGCUGUUGGUGUCGGUACAAAUCUAAUGUUUAAAUUGCAAUAUAGUGAAAAGGGUAUGAAUUGCGGUGGCGAAUACGUAUUGUCUGCCGAAAUCGAAGAACUAGAGAUAAGUAGUCCGAAUUAUCCAAAUAUUCCACAUCCCUAUACCGAAUGUGUUUGGAAAAUCAUGGCAACUGAUGGUGAAAGAAUUGCAAUUCAUUUCUUAGAAAGAUUUGAUUUGGCUUCUAGUAUAAAUUGCGAAAAGGAAUAUGUUGAAAUAAGAGAUGGUGGAAUGGACAAUUCAUUAUCGAUGGGACGAUUUUGUAGAGACAUGGCACCAAGUACUAUGACAACGAAAGGGAACAUGAUGUAUAUCAAAUUUUAUACCGACAUACCUGAACCAAAUAAUGGUUUUAAAGCUCUUAUUACAGUUGGAGAUGCAUGUGGUGGUAUUCUGAGAGGUACCCAAGGUUCUCUUAGUUCGCCAGGUUAUCCUAACUCUUAUCCUAAAAAUCAAAACUGUGGAUGGUGGAUAAUUGGUCCAGUAGAUCACACUUUGAAGAUUCAAUUCCGUGAUUUGCAUCUUCCAACUCGUCGUAAUUGUAAAUCAGCUGAUUACGUAGAAAUAACCGAACAAGUUCCUGGCAAUGAAACAGCAUUCGAAACUAUCGGAAUAUUUUGCGGUACUCAACUGCCAAACAUCAUCGAAACAACCUAUAACGAGGCCUUCGUAACUUUAUUUAGCGAUAAUCGUGAUUAUAUCCCUUUCAGAGGCUUUAGUUUAAACUUUACAUCCAGCCAACAGGUUUGUGGUGGUGUACUUACUGCUUUAACCGGUAUAAUAAAAACACCUGGAUAUCCAAAUUUAAGAACACGUUCCAGAUAUUGCGAUUGGAGAAUUCGAUUACCAUUAGGCUUUCAAGUUGUAGUGGAUAUUUUAGAUCUCGAUUCCGUUGAUAAAUCAUUUAGAGCGAGCUAUUCGUUAUCGUUCUACAAUGACUUCCGUAUGAAAUCAAGGAUUAAAACCUUAAUGAGUAAUACAGAUGUACCGCAAAUUAGAAGUAGCGGUAACACAAUGUUGAUUGGUUAUUGGGCUCCAGUUGGUUAUAGAGGCUUUAAACUUCGAUAUUCGGCUGUUGCACCUGCGCCUUGCGGUGGAAUACUUACCAAUUCUGGAGGUGAAAUUAAAGCACCAUCUGCUCCCUACAAUACAACUUCAUACUUAUGCGAAUGGAUGAUCAAACCACCGGAUCUUAUAAUCAAUUCUGCCAAUGAAACAGGAUUAACACUGACCCUAAAAGCUACUGGUUAUAUUGGCAAAUGUUACACUUACAAUUCUAUUACUCUACUAGGCAUCGGUAAAAUUUGUGGCAACUUAACAAAACCGAAAUAUCUUAGAAGUCCAUUGAUUGAGAAUAAAUUGACGAUAUUAAAUAGCAGUGCUACGUCUUCGAGACAAAUGAAUUUCAAUCUAAUGUAUCAAUGGACACCUUGUGGUGGUAUUCUACGAGGCCCAUCUCAUACAAUAACUCAACCAAAGAAUUGGACUAAUUCACAUCCUAUAAGUUGUGCCUGGCAUGUCAAAUAUGCGGAUAACGGUGAAAUGAUCAAUCUUACCUUCACCAAACUCAAUUUGGUUAAAAGAUGCGAAACCGUCUACAUUAUAGUCAGAAAUGGUGGACCAACUUCACCGGAAGUCGGUACUUUUUGUGGAGAUAUAAAACCAUCAGAUAUCCUUAGCACUUCAAAUGAAUUAUGGAUUGAAUAUUACGCAGAAGAACCAGGAUCAAGCGAAUUCGAAAUCAAUCUACAAUUAGCAAGUCACGGUUGUGGUGGUGCACUACGAGGAUUCAGCAAAGAGAUUGCUUCACCUAAAUUCCCAAAACAAUAUCCAAACAAUGCGGAAUGCACGUGGGAAAUAAUGGCGGAAAAUGGUUUUCAUAUAGGUUUGAUCUUCGUUGAUCGAUUCAAUUUAGAGACCAGUAAUAAUUGCGAUAAAGAUUACGUACAGGUAUUAGAUUGGAAACUAAAAUAUAAUAAUAUUCAUGGAAAUUGGACCGAAUUGGGUAAAGUUUGUGGAAGAAACAUACCAAAGACAUUCAAUUCUACGAGUAAUCGAAUGAAAGUUAUAUUUCGUUCGAACGAAGCCAUACAGGGAGAUGGUUUUCGUGCACUUUGGAACGAAAAUUGUGGUGGUGUUUUCAGAGUAACAGAAGAAAGAAAAAUCAUUUCGUCACCAGGAUAUCCGAAAUAUUAUCGGCGUGAUUUGAAUUGCAAUUAUACUCUCAUUGCUGAUGACGACAAGGAUAUCAUAGUCCAAUUUCUUGAUUUUGACCUCGAACAAACAUCAAAUCAAAGAGGUUGCCGUUUCGAUAAUUUGACGAUCAUCAGGGACGAUGCAAUAUAUUUCGAUUCUGAGGAAAGUGUUUGGUGUGGUAAUAAUUCGCCAGGUUUGCAAAGAUCAAUUUCUCGGAUGGAGAUCAUUUUCAAAACGGAUUCAUAUAUUCAAAGAAAUGGAUUCCAAUUCGAGUAUCAAACAAGUAAUUGUGGUGGAAUAAUAACCAAACCAACGGAAAUAAAACCUUUGAUGUAUCAGGACAAAUAUUUUGGUCGUAUGAAUUGCACUUGGGUAAUUAAAGCUCCAAAGGAUAAAAGUGUGAUAAUUCGAUUUGAGAAAUUUGUUUUGGAAUAUAACAAUGAGUGCUACUUCGAUUACGUAGCCGUUUAUGAAAGCGAUAUAAUCGAUUCGGAAAAAUUAAUGGGAAAAGUUUGUGGCAAUCUAACAAAUAAUUUACCCGUCUUCAAAACCGAUUCUGAUAACAUGGUAGUAAAUUUCAUGUCUGAUUAUACGUCACAUCAUGAGGGUUUCGCUGGGAAGAUCAUUUUCGGUAGUAGUCCUGCAGCUGGCUGCGGUGGUAUUGUCAAUUUAACCAGUAUCACAUCAAUGAAUUUUAGAACUCAAAAAGGUGCAACAUACAACUCAUUAGAAGAUUGUCAUUGGACAGUUUUUACUGGAGAAGGAAAAAAUAUUAAAUUAACGAUCACUAGUGUGGAUAUUAAAACCAAUUCAAGAAACUAUACUGUUUCUACACCAUGUCCUGACGAUUAUUUAGAAGUUCACGAUGGGGGAGGACAAUUCACGGAAUUAUUGAACAAAAUCUGUGGAACUUUACCACCUUCAGUAAUAUUGUCAAGUUCAAAUAAAUUAUGGAUAAGAUUCUUUAGCGAUGGUACCAAUGAAGGGUCAGGAGUAAUCGGAACUUUGGAAGCUGUAGACUCACCCUGCGGAUUGACCUAUCGGAUGGUUGAAAAUAACAAAAAUUAUAUAACAUCUCCUGGAUAUCCCAAUCCAUAUGGGCCUGGUAUUCACUGUCGUUGGAAGCUAAAAAAUGAUAAAGAAUAUAAUAAUGUAAUGCGAGUCAGAUUAUUGGAAUUUAAUAUGACAAAUUCGGAAAAUUGCAAUGAGGAGUAUCUGGCAAUCGUAGAUUCCGAGAGUCAAACGUAUAUCGAUCAUGGGUUCGGUGAGGAAUUCAUUUUUUCUGGCACGAUUAAAUAUCCGAUAGAUGUCGAAACGGGAAGCCGUUAUCCCACUUCGCUAUACAAAUUUUGUGGCGAAGAAAAACCCUUCGAUAUUUACAGUGAGAGCGAUUCAUUUAACAUCUAUUUUAAAACAUCAUCACAAGGAAAAGGUUUUAAACUAGAAUACAGUUUAUCUAAUUGUGAUCAAAAUUACACGGCAAGUGAAACUCAAGGAAGAAUCUUUCAUCAAGGACUUAUAAAUUGUUGGAUAACGAUCACCACUUUGCCCAAUCGUACAAUCUCCUUAUAUUUCAAUAAUUUCAGACUAUACGACGAUGAAAAGUGUACGCAUAAUGCUCUACAGAUUCGAGAAGGAGAUUUUAGCGGUAAUGUUUUAGCAAUACUUUGCGGUAUGACUACUCCAAAUCCAAUUUUCAGUAUUGGCAAUAAGCUCAGUCUACGUUCUUGGGUACAAGAAGCUAAUGCUUAUGAUGGUUAUGAUAUUACUUAUGUUACCACAGAAGCAGGACGUGGUUGUGGUGGUACUAUAUUUAAUUAUGGGGGAUCUUUCACUUCGCCAAUGUACCCAGACAUAUAUAGAAAUAAUACAGUGUGUACUUGGGAUGUUAGUGUUCCUCGUGGUUUUAAAAUCAUUCUCAAAUUUACAUUCUUUGAUAUUGGAACCAAACAAACUUGCGAGCGUAACAACGUGAAAAUUUAUGAUUACGUUAAAGACGGAGUAAAUACGCUUAGAAAUGUUUACUGUGGAGGGGACGAACCAGCAAGAUUCGAAACAGAAGGAAAUAGAAUUAUCGUUGAAUAUACUUCGACAGUGAAUAACAUUGGUACUGGUUGGAUAGCAUUUUUCAUGGCUCAAUCCACUUCACAUCCAGUUGAGAUAAAUGAGCGGUAAGAAGUUAUUCCGGACAAGUGUUAAGACUAGAAAUUCGACGAUGUAAAUAGC